UCGGCCAUUUUCCUCCCUUGUAGGUAUGAAAAUUAUCCUCUACAGAUUUCAGUACAAUCGCGCUCAAUCUGAUACGUAGGCAUACUGUUUAGAAAUCCAAGUUGUUCCAUUUAGUAGAACGUUCUGUCACCUACAAAUUUAGGGAAGUAGGCAGACAUGGCCCCCAGCCGGAAUGGAAUGAUCCUGAACCCUCACUUCCACAAAGACUGGCAGAAAAGAGUGCGCACUUGGUUUAACCAGCCAGCCAGGAAGCUCCGCAGGCGAAAGGCUCGCCAGGCUAAGGCCCGUCGCAUCGCUCCUCGACCUGUCGCCGGGCCACUGAGACCACAGGUCAGAUGUCCAACCAUCAGAUACCACACUAAAGUCCGUGCUGGACGAGGUUUUACCCUGGAGGAGCUGAAGGCCGCUGGCAUCCACAAAAAGACAGCCCGCACCAUCGGAAUCGCUGUGGAUCCCCGUCGCCGUAACCGGUCCACAGAAUCUCUUCAGGCCAAUGUACAGCGUCUCAAGGAGUACCGCUCCAAACUCAUCCUGUUCCCCAGGAAGGCUUCUGCUCCCAAGAAGGGAGACAGCACUGAGGAGGAACUGAAGAUGGCCACCCAGCUUAAAGGACCGUUGAUGCCCAUCAAAACGGUACUCAAAAAGCAGAAGGCCCGCAUUAUCUCUGAAGAUGAGAAGAACUUCAAGGCUUUUGCCAGCCUGCGAAUGGCCCGCGCUCACGCCCGUCUCUUCGGUAUCCGUGCCAAGAGAGCCAAAGAGGCUGCUGAGCAGGAUGUGGAGAAGAAAAAGUAAAAGUUAUCUUGGAACUUUGCAAAAUAAAAUGUUCAAAAAGA